CGACAUAUAUAGUUUUCCCGAUCGGCCCAAGCCAAAGACCAGGUGCCCAACCUCUCUCUCUCUCUCUCUCACCGGCUGUUGGAGGCACUGAGACUAUCAUUAGAGGAUGGGGAGACCGCCGAGUAACGGAAGCCCGGCCUUCCGCUUCAGCCAAUCUGAGGUUGUAGAGAUGGAAGCUAUACUGCAAGAACACCUUAAUCAGAUGCCAACACGUGAAGUUCUUGAAGCUCUUGCUAAGAAGUUCAGCGGUUCGGCGGAGCGGUUGGGAAAAGUUGAAGUUCAAAUGAAACAAGUGUGGAAUUGGUUCCAGAAUAGGCGGUAUGCUGUCAGGGCAAAAACAGUUAAGGGUCCUGAGAAAUUAGGUGUUACACCUAUGCCUCGCACUGAUUCAACUGCAGUGAGAAGUGUUCCUCAAACCCCUCAAUCAACGAACGCUCCUUCAGUUCCAAGUUUAGGAAGGACAGUUUCAGAUCAUACACAGAUGGAGUUUGAAGCUAAAUCUGCAAGGGAUGGUGCAUGGUAUGACGUCACAAUGUUUAUAUCUCAUAGAUCUCUUGAGAUGGGUGAUGCGGACGUGCUUGUUCGGUUUGCUGGUUUCGGGGCGGAGGAGGAUGAAUGGAUUAAUGUCCGAAAGCAUGUCAGACAACGGUCUCUUCCAUGCGAAUCAUCAGAAUGUGUUGCAGUCCUUCCUGGGGAUCUAACACUCUGUUUUCAGGAAGGCAAAGAGCAAGCUCUUUACUUUGAUGCUCACGUUCUUGAUGCACAGAGACGGAGGCACGACGUAAGAGGUUGCCGCUGCAGGUUCCUGGUGCGUUAUGAUCAUGACCAAUCUGAGGAAAUUGUGCCUUUGAGAAAGGUUUGCCGUCGGCCAGAAACUGAUUACAGGUUGCAGCAACUUCUUGUCAAAAACGAACCGGGACCCGCCAACCAGCACAAGACUGGUGCGGAUCCCCCUACAUCCAACAGUUUGAGGGUUUAUCCUCCUAUUGAACCAAGGAUGCAAAAACAGCAGCAAAAAGCAGAGGGAAUUUCAGAUGCUGUACCUGUGGUGGUUCCCCCUACUUCUCUUGGUAAUGUGAAUGUAUCCACUGAGGCUAAGGUUCUGCCACCAAAAACUACUGAGGUUAUCUGUUCUGGUGAUGCGGGGACUUCAGUUGUCGUGCCACCAGCCAAUGUUGCUGUGACAAGUGGCACUGCCACAAGCACCGUAACAAGCACCGUCACCAGUGACUCCGGUCUAAAUAUACAGCAAGGAUGAGAGUAGGUAAUUUGACAUGUUCGGUGUCUGUCUUGGAUUUUUCGUUGACUUCAAUUUCAAUAUUUUUCUUUCGUUUAGAAGGUGAAGAAGUCAUUGGAUAGUGAGGCUGCCCUACCUUUGUUGAGCUCAUCUACCCAACUAAUAUAGUGUUCCGGAGGUUAAGCUUGAAAGUAAAAUAUGUUCAACUUCAGUUCAAGUAAUAAAGUCUACCGUCUUUAUUAUGAACAA